AUGGAUUUCCUCCCGCACGCGUUGCAACAAAAAGUCCGGAAAGGCGUCUACGCCUUGAAAGGCCUCUCGGAGUGCGAACAACUCGUCUUAGAGAGCACGGAUAAAGAGAAGUGGGGUCCACACGGCGAACAAUUGAAAUCUCUCGCCGAGAAAACCGUCGCCGAGGAGGAAGGAGUGAGAGGGAGAGGAGGCAACAACAACAACAACAACAACGAAGAGUCGGACACGAGAAUCAUUCUGAGAGUUUUAUUCGAAAACAGAUUGAAGAAGAGAGACCUGGAGUGGCGCUUGUGCUAUAAAGCGUUGACCGUGAUUGACUAUUUAAUCGCCAACGGAAGCGAAACGAUUGUGAGAGAGAUUCAGAGAAGAAUAGGGAGAGACUUGCAACCGUUGAAGACGUUUGAACAUCGAGAUCCAGAGAAAGGGAGAGACGAAGGGAUUAACAUCAGACAGAAAGUGACGAAUAUGAUCGCUUUGUUGGAAGACCCGGAACGAGUGAGAGAAGUUAGAGAGAAGGCGAGGAUGAACAGAGGGAAGUAUAGUGGAAUGAGCAACGCGGAUUUGAAGGCGUCGAGUCGCAACAGGAACUCUGCGAACGAUACUUAUAAUAAUAGAGCGACUUAUAAUAAUAACGAUAGCGCCACUAGAGUGGCGACACCGACGACGACAUCAGCAAUAGCAUCACCAUCAGCAACAACACCAGCACCGAAAUCAAAAAACGACGGUGCUCAUUCUGGAACGAGCGCUAUGAGCAAUGUGCUCAACGCUUUCGAGGACGACAAGGACGACGACGAGGACGACGACGAUGGGGAUAAUGAUGAGUUCAUGACUGGAGGCGGGAACCAACGAAGCAAAGGACCCCCAACUUUCGUUCCUAAAGUUGUCAUCCGAGACACUCCUAUUCAACGUCCUCCGAAUUCGGCUGGAUUUAGUGCAACGCUGAAGCCGCCUCCGCGAGGAGGCAACGCCUUCGUGAACGCCAACAAUACGAACUUGUUCUUUGAAAGUCGACCGGCGGGUAAUACCCAGAAGCCCACGACGGCUUCUCCGACAAUCUCUCUCGACGAACUCUUGGGGGGAGGAAGUGGAGGAGGAGGAGGAGGAGGAGCAACCAACACCAAUCAGUCCUCGUCUACGGGAACUCCAUACCAAAGCGCCGAAGAUUUGUUUGGUUUCGAAGCAAACGUAUCGAAACCUACGCCGCAACAACCAACAACGCGCGCACCACUAACUCCGGCACCAGCUGCCGCGAUCGACGAUCUGUUCUUUGGAAUGGAGACGACGCCUACGGCACCGAUAGCACAACCGGCUGUGAUGCCGAAGCAGCAACACGUGGAUCCGUUUUCCGAUUUCGCGGCGUCGACGCCUUCGAAAAUCAACUUUUCUAGUAACAACAAUAGCAACAACAGAAACAAGAAACUUGACCCGCUCGAUGCGUUAGAUUUCGGUAGCUUAGGAUUAAAGUAA